CAUGAUUUUUUUAAACAACAAACUCUUUCUGACGGUGUAAAACUUUUUUUAUAUGACGUCUGUCAGAAAAGUGAGUGUAAUAAUUUUGACCAAAAAGUACAGGAAGUGUUUCAUGAUUUCAAAUUGUAAGACAUGUCUCUCAAUAGGAUUCAAAAACUACUGCUUUCUGAAUACUGCGAUUUUGAAGACGUUAUUUUAGUUGAAAGUCCGUUCGCACAAACUGACAGAGACGGAAAAGGGUUAAGACAAGUUAAUUUAGGACUAACACCAACAAAGCUAAUUAUGGCAGCCGAUGUGGUGAACAGUAACAAAAGAAAAGAUUGCAGAAUUUUUCGCGAUUUAGAUGCAGACAUUGUAGACUUUGAAUUAAUUUCGGUAUUCCCUCUCCAGUACGCUCGCGUCAGCAUCUUUCAUCGAAGAAGAAAGUGUACGAUUAAAGUCAAAUUUUGUACUAAUAAAGUUUGGUAUUUUGAAUUGGGUGGAACGGAAAAACGUCAAACGAUAUGGAGAACGUGGUGCGACAGGAUAAAUUAUAUAAAUAGAAACGAUCAAAAUUCCGCGAGUGAAACUUCGGCCGGUAGUUCGAGUACUGCAAGUACAACAUCACAUAUAAACAAUUUGUCUAGUAUUAAACGUAAACCGUCUUCAAAUAAAGUACAAAUUUGGUGUACGUUCGAUAAGACUGGUUGCAACAUAAGGCCUAAAACUUGGAAGAAAUGGACUGAUAAAUAUUUGUUUAUUGGUCACAAUUUCGAAGAAUUCCCAUUGGAUUACACCCCUAUAGUUUACUUUCCAACUAAAUGUCAACUGCUGUGUUCACGUAAAACAGAAAGGAGCGAUUACUCGAAACAAUGUGAUUGCGAUAACACAGACUUUUGCAUGUCGAAAUUUGCUCAUCGAAUUAACCGAUUUGGAUGUGGAAUGCCUGAUAAUGAAAAGGGAAAAAGAAAAAAGCUUCCAUCAGAUUUUACACAAGAAAAAUCAUUUCGCGUUAAUAGAUUUGGAAAAGGUAUUGACGAAAAGUGCUUACCCGGACUGUAUCUUCCUACAGAAAGUUUUAUUAAAGCCAAAAAGUUACAUCAAACAGUUUCAAAGGUCAAUGAAGAACCCACAAAACCUGACCCUGAACUAACAAAAACCAUUCAAUCAAAUAUUAUUAAUAUUUGCAGCAUAGUUGAAGAAGCUGUUAAGAUUUGGGAAUACCUACAAUCUAAAAGAAACAGUCAAAUUUCGAAAGCAAAACACGAAAGAAAGUAUGCACUUCAACCAGACCCCAACAUUUCUCAAACUUUUGGGACCUGGAAUGUACGAUCAGGAGAAAGAUAUUCCAUUAAAGUAAAAAGGAAUGCUUCUGAAGUAAACGUUUUGAAAGGAACUCGUACUAUAAUGCCAUCUUCAUCAUCGACAGUAUCUUUGGACACUUUUGAAAAAAAUCAACACAGACUAACAAUCACGCGCGGAACGUAUCCUUUCUGGAUUCACAGAUCCGAUUAUGGCAGCGAAUCUUCAGUAAGCAGACACAAAAUUAUAAGAAAUAAAUCAAAAAGCUAUCAAAUGAUUCCAAAAGAAACAGUUAGCAAGAAAAAUCAUUCAUCUCAAUUAAUUACCUAUGAAGCAACGAGAAACCUGCCCUUUAGCAAUUUUGAUCUUAACAAAAAAAUUAGAAGGAACGAAACUAUUAUUCUUUACAAAUGUGCUUCUUCAGACUGGAGUAAAAGUGAAAACUCAGAUGAAAGUUGCUUAUCAUCUAGGAAACCUUCUGUUAAAGAUUUAACUCGAAUCCUAAGAAUGGAGCUUAAUCUUACCGCUUGGGACUUCGAUUCUGGCACCUUAGCCUACCAAUUAACUCUGAUUGAAAGAAAUCUGUUCUUAAAGAUUAGCGCAGAAGAUGUAACAUCCUUAAUUUUUCAAGGGUCAAUUGACAAUUCCCCCAAUUUGAAGAGUUUCGUGACCUUUUCCCAUCGACUCACUUGUCUUGUGGCCACUGAGAUCCUUAAGAACAAUUCUAUAAAAGCACGAGCAAGAAUUAUAGCCCGGUUCAUUAAUACAGCAAAUGGUUGCAAAAGAAUAGCUAAUUUUCAAUCUUGUGGAAGUAUUUUGAAUGGACUUCAAAUACCAGCUAUCUACAGACUAAGGAAAACGUGGAAUCAUUUACGAAAGUCUCACUCCACUCAGUACCAGUAA